AUGGAUCCCAUAGUGGUGCUGGUGCUUUGUUUCUCCUGCUUGCUUCUCUUUUCACUCUGGAAACAGAGCCAUGGGCGAGGGAACCUCCCACCUGGUCCCACUCCUCUUCCAAUUCUUGGCAACAUCCUACAGAUAGAUUUUAAGGACAUGAGCAAAUCCCUAACCAAACUGUCAAAAGUCUAUGGCCCUGUGUUCACUGUGUAUUUUGGAUUAAGACCCACCGUGGUGAUGCAUGGCUAUGAAGCAGUGAAGGAAGCAUUGGUAGAUCUGGGAGAGGAGUUUUCUGGAAGAGCGCGAUUGCCAGUAAAUGAAAAAGUUAAUAGAGGAUUAGGAAUUAUUGCCAGCAAUGGAAAGACGUGGAAGGACACCCGGCGCUUCGCACUCAUGACACUGAGGAAUUUUGGAAUGGGGAAGAGGAGCAUAGAGGACCGAGUUCAAGAGGAGGCCCGCUGCCUUGCAGAAGAGCUGAGGAAAACCAAUGCCUCACCCUGUGAUCCCACCUUUAUUCUGGGCACUGCUCCCUGCAAUGUGAUCUGCUCCGUGAUUUUCCAGAACCGUUUUGAUUACAGAGAUCCUACCUUUCUUAAAUUGAUGGAGAAAUUCAAUGAAAACUUCAGGAUUGGUAACACCCUGAUUAUGCAGGUCUGCAAUAUGUUUCCCAUACUUAUUGAUUAUCUCCCAGGAAGUCAUAAAAAAGCAAUUGAAAACAUUAUUUAUGUAAAAAAUUAUGUUUUGGAAAAAGUAAAAGAACAUCAAGAAUCUCUUGACAUUAACAACCCUCGGGACUUCAUUGAUUGUUUCCUGAUCAAAAUGAAACAGGAAAAUCACAACCCACAGAGUGAAUUCACUAUUGACAAUCUGUUGGUAACGGUGCUUGAUUUGUUUGCUGCGGGAACGGAGACGACCAGCACCACCCUGAGAUAUGGGCUCCUGCUCCUGCUGAAGCAUCCUGAGGUCACAGCUAAAGUGCAGGAGGAGAUUGAGAGUGUGAUUGGCAGAGACCGGAGCCCCAGCAUGCAGGACAGGAGCCGCAUGCCCUACAUGGACGCUGUCGUACACGAAAUCCAGAGAUACAUUGACCUCGUCCCUAAUAGUGUGCCUCAUGUAACAACCUGUGAUGUUAAAUUCAGAAACUACCUUAUCCCCAAGGGCACAACUAUAUUACCAUCACUAAGUUCAGUGCUGCAUGAUCACAAUGAGUUCUCCAACCCAAAGGAAUUUGACCCUGGCCACUUCCUGGACAAGAGUGGCAAUUUUAAGAAAAGUGAAUAUUUUCUGCCUUUCUCGACAGGAAAGCGAGUGUGUGCGGGAGAGGCCCUGGCCCGCAUGGAGCUGUUUCUUUUCCUGACCACCAUCUUACAGAACUUUACUCUGAAACCUCAAGUUGACCCAAAGGAUAUUGAAACCACUCCACAUGUCAGUGGGUUUAGCCAUGUACCACCUUUUUACAAGCUCAGCUUCAUUCCUGUCUGAAGAAGGGCAGGUCACAGGGCUGCUGCUAUGCUGUGGUCUACAGCUGUCCUCUCAUAGGUUCCCUGCACCCCUUCCCCCAGCAUGGGUUUCUUCCAUGUUCUGUACUCUAACACGUCCUCAUUUCUACAGAUCUAUUCUCCACUGAGAAGCCUUCUAGGUCCCUUCAUUAAUGUAUGUUUGCAAUAACCAAUAGCUGUUGUUACUACAUGUUUUAAUCUCUGCCAAAUGCUGUUAUUGACAUGUUAUUGCUCUGAAAUUGUGGAAGAUGAUACGCAUUUGAUAAUUUAGACUUCUUUCUUCCUUAUGUGUUUAGAAUAACAAUAUUAUUAAAUAUUAGAUCAGUGUUCAGGCUCUGUUUCCUUUGUACGUAAUGUUAAUAAGAAGUGAAAGAAAAUCAAGUCCCAGAAGAUCAUGCCG